UAGACUAUAUAAAUCAGCUGUGUCGGAGUUUGAAAGCAAAGGUGCAGCAACUUGCAGAGACACAUCUGAUCUGACAACAGAGAAGAAUAAACCACCGUGAGAGAAACACUCCCACCUGCUGCCUUCAAAGUCUUCUCAAAAUGGCCGUGAUGCUGAAGCCGUGGACCAUGCUGGUGGCCGUAGUGCUGUGUGUGCUGGUGUGUCUGGGGACACUCGCAGACGCCUACCCUCCCAAACCCGAGAACCCCGGGGAGGAUGCCCCCCCAGAAGAGCUGGCCAAGUACUACACCGCCCUGAGACACUACAUCAAUCUGAUCACCAGGCAGAGGUAUGGAAAGCGUUCCACCCAGGAGGAUGUGGUUGCAGAGCUGCUGUUUGGUGGCGACAGCACCAGAGACCAGAGAUCAAGAUACGAUGACUCCUAUGUGUGGUGACUCCACCACCCCUCUCCCUCCUUGUCAUCUGGCAUUCCCUCUGGCUGCGUCCCACAAUGCAUCUGGAGGGGCCGACAUGUGCCUCUCAUCUCUCGACCCCUGAUCCUGACCCCAGCUGAACACAAGCGCUCUCUGUCUUUCUUGUAAUUGCCUCUCAUUUUUCUCAUUAGAACACAACUGUACAUAAUUUAUUAUUGAAAUUAAAAAAAUAAACAUAUAUAUAUACAGUAUAUGAGAUCAGAGCUACUAAUCAGAAGGUGGAAUUGUGUCUGUGUGUGUGCGUGUGUAUAAACGUCCCUCUAUCGUCCAACAUUGUAUAGAGGAGGAAAUUUGUGUUUUACUGUUGCUACUGUGAGACGUAACA